CGCUCUAUGUACUACAUGCUACAUGUACGCAGUCGGUGGGCGCGUGCGCCAAUUUUAUCAUUGGCAGCUGUUGUGACCUGAGAGAAAAGUAAACGCGGCGCAGAUCAUGUUUGCGACAUACCUUUCUUCUCGUGCCUUUUCUUCGUCUUCCAUCGCGCGGACAGCAAUUAAGCAUGUUGUUGUCGUCGGAGGCGGGUCCAUGGGAGCCGGGAUCGCGCAGGUUGCCUCCCAAACGGGCCACCAAGUUGUCCUUGUUGAUGUCUCGAAGGAAGUCCUCGACAAGUCCAAGGCACGCAUCGAGGAAAGUCUGAAACGGGUUGCGAAGAAAAAAUUCGUAGAAGACAAGAAGGCAAGAGAAGAGUUCGUGCAGAAGACAUUAUCUAGUAUAGCAUUGAGCACCUCUGCAGAUGAGGCUGUCAAGAACACUGACCUGGUUGUGGAGGCUAUAGUUGAGAACAUUGAUGUCAAAAAGAAGCUUUUUGCAGCACUCGACAAGGCAGCUGGCCCGUCUACCAUAUUUGCAAGCAACACCUCAUCACUUCCCAUCUCAGAAAUUGCUAGCAGCACAUCAAGAAAAGAUCGUUUUGGUGGCCUUCAUUUCUUCAAUCCUGUGCCAGUGAUGAAACUUCUAGAGGUUGUACGCAUCUCGGAGACAAGUGAAGAUACGUUCCAAAAAAUGCAAGCAUGGGGCAAGGCACUCGGCAAGACUACUGUCGUGUGCAAGGACACUCCGGGAUUUAUUGUUAAUAGGCUACUGGUUCCAAGUCUUAUGGAGGCAGUACGAAUGCUGGAGCGAGGUGAUGCCACUGCCCAGGAUAUAGACAUUGCCAUGAAGCUGGGUGCUGGUCACCCAAUGGGUCCUUUUGAAUUAACUGACUACGUUGGUCUUGAUGUCACCAAGUUCAUUAUUGAUGGUUGGCACAAACGAUUUCCAGACAAUCCUCUGUUCAAGCCAUCACCAUACUUGGACAAGUUGGUACAAGAAGGAAAGCUUGGAGUCAAAACUGGGGAGGGUUUUUACAAGCACGGCAAGAAGUAAAAUGGAAAGGAAAGAGUACUUUUAUUGCAAGAGAAAUGGAUCAAAGAUAAAUGAGUAUAUAUUUUUAUAUAAA